CAACUGUAAUUAAAGCUUGAAAUCUAAGCAUUAAUAUUAUUGAAUUCAUAUGUAAUGUUUAAAAAUAUGUACUUUAGUUUAAACAAAUUAAAAACAACUUGCAAUUCAAAUAUAAAUUAUAAAACAAUACCCAAUGGCUAGCGACCUCUAUCGGCUUUUUUUUUUAGUAAUGAAUCUGCUGGCAACCCUUUGUAAACCGUUAACAACAGCUGAAAGCGAAAACUUUUACGGCUUCUGCAAAACGGUGAAAACAGAAAAACUUGCAGAAUUGUUUUCAUAAUUAUAUUUCAAGUAAAAUCAAAGGAAUUUCAGACAAAUGACAGGUGAAAUUGUGGACAGUGAAGAUGAGUAUGAUGAAAUAUCUCAGUUGCGACAACGUAAUAAACCUGAAACUCAAGAAUCAAUUGAUGAGGCCUUCGACUUGGAUGAUUUGUUGCCCAUCAUUGGGGAGUUUGGCAAAUAUCAGAAACUUCUCGUUUUUGGUAUUUGCUUGCCUGCUUGUAUUCCAUGUGGUUUUUGUGCUUUUAAUCAACUUUUCAUGGCCGACACUCCAGAUGAUUAUUGGUGUCGGAUCCCUGAACUCAUGGACAUGGAUGUCGAACAGCGCAAAUAUUUGGCCAUUCCCAAGGAACAGGAAAAUGACGAACUGGUUUAUAGUAAAUGCUACACAUACGGCGUCAACUGGACCCAGUUACUGGACCCUUUUAAUGAAGAUACCAAUGGAAACUUGACAUUUGAACAUUUGGAGCUAAACAGCAGCUGGCCCUUGGUCAAGUGCUCACAGGGCUGGGAGUAUAACACCAGCCAUGUCUGGUCUUCUAUUGUGAUCGAUUUCGAUUUGGUUUGCGAUCAAGACAUAUAUCCUACUAUUGGUCUGGCUGCGCUUAACAGUGGCGGCCCUGUAGGUGUGUAUCUUUUUGGGCUUCUCAAUGAUCGCGCGGGCAGGCGACUUUCUUAUUUCACCUGUCUGGCAACGCUGCUGGCCGGCAGCUUAAUGACGUCACUGAGCAAAGAUUUCUGGACAUGGGCUGGCAGUCGCGUUGUCGUAGGUCUGACUAUACCUGCUGUUUAUCAGAUACCAUUUAUUAUUUCCCUGGAACUUGUUGGCGAAAAGUACCGUUCCUUUGUAACCGUUAUGACUUGCACAUUCUACACAUCAGGCAUAAUGCUGUUGUCCCUGGUCACGUAUCUGGAGCGGGAUUGGGUGCGCCUAUCGUAUUACACCUCCCUGCCGUUCUACGCCUAUUUCCUAUACAUGUUUGUAAUGCCAGAAUCACCGCGUUGGCUUUUAAUGCGCGGUCGUCUCGAGGAGGCGCUUAAAAUCCUGGAACGCAUGGCGAUCAUAAACGGACGUCAGUUCCCAGAGGCAGUUCAUAGCAAACUGGAGGCGCAGAUUAGAAGGGAUAAAAUGAAGAAGGAAAAGAAAAAGAUUGCCAAUGUGGGACUCAUGGAUCUCUGUCGCACGCCAAAUAUGCGAUUGAAGACAAUACUGAUAACACUCAGUUGGUUUGCCAAUGAGACCGUUUAUCUGGGUCUAAGUUAUUACGGCCCUUCCCUUGGAACCAAUCAAUAUGUGAGCUUCUUUCUGUCGGCGGUCGUGGAAUUGCCGAGUUAUCUAUGCUGUUGGUAUUUUAUGGAUACUUGGGGACGUCGGUGGCCCUUGAGUUUGUCAAUGAUAUUGGGCGGCGUGGCUUGCGUUAUAACUGUUAUGCUGCCUGACGAUGCUAUAGACGAGACCUUAAUACUCUAUCUUAUAUCCAAGGCGCUUCUCUCAGCGUCUUUUCUGAUCAUCUAUCCUUUUGCUGGAGAGCUUUAUCCCACACAAGUUCGGGGCAUUGGCAUCGGUGCCUCCAGUUAUAUAGGCGGAUUGGGGCUGAUCGUAAUACCAUUUGUCACCUAUCUGGGCAAGGAGAAUCUAAAAUUACCUUUGGUAAUUAUGGGAUUUGUUUCGAUGUUGGGUGGCAUGACGGGUUUGCGAUUGCCGGAGACAUUGCAUCAUCGUUUGCCACAGACAAUUGAGGAGGGCGAAGAGUUUGGCAAGAAUUGGCAGCUGAAGGACUGUUUCAAUUGCAAACCAAAACCUGAGACUCUCUCACCGCCCACUUCCUAUGAGAACUUAGAUGUCUUGGGGGGCUCUUCCAAUAAUGCCUCCGAGGUGGAACUGGAGUUGAGAGAUAAUCGCAGAUUGCGCCAACAGCCGCGCAUAGAUGAGCGAACUCCCUUGGAUCUGACAAGCAGUGGCAGUGGAGGAACUGGAAGACCGCAUCGGGCGUCGAUGAAGCGUCUGGUGCGUCAGAUGAGCGUUAUGGACACUCAAAGGACUCACGAUGGAACCAUGCAGUUAACCCAUUGGAUUUGAGUAUAAAUGUAUAACAGCAAAAGUAUUAUUACAACACAAUAUAAUCUCAAUGCAAAUAUAUUUUGUAUUAUAAAUAUAAUAAUAAAAUAUCUUACAGAUAUAAUCCAUAUAAA